ACAAACGCGGCUGCGGCAAAAAUCCCCCAACGGAUAAACCUCAUCCCGCUGCAACCAAGUUGGCUCGGACUUCAUGCCUCAAGUCCAACCACGCCGGAGAGAGACGGACGUCAAUGGAAAAUUGUUGGUUAUGAUCAUCAAGGGGUUGUUGAGGAGGUAUGAGAGGUGGAACCCUGUGCACCCCACCGUGGGUGCCUUCUGGGGCAUGGGGAUUGGCCUCGGAUGCGGCGUGGGAUGGGGACCGGGGUUUGGACCGGAGGUCGUCGGCUACGUUGGGGCUGGCUGUGGUGUGGGAUUUAGCGUCGGCGUUACUCUGGCUGGCGUUGGUGUUGGCCUUCCGCGAAAUGGUCUCAUCCGGAUCCCACUCAAUGCUUUUAUCACAGGUAGUGGUUCUUUGGAGUCUGCAAGAUCAUAUGCACUUACAACUGUGAAGAGUGUGGCUGAGGAUGGUCUGAACUAUGUUGCGCCUCAUAUAUCUUUUUGGAGGAAGGAAAAUAGUGGAAGGCUCUCAAGUUGUAAGACAAAUAUUCACUUUGACCAUAGAGUUAAAUUAACCGAGCUGAGCAAAACUUUGUCUAUGCAUAUUCGGUCAACUUUGGAAUGUUUUGAAGCUGUCAAAGAUCAGUGCUGGCCUCCCAGGAAAGAUACAUGAGCAACUUAAUACUUCUUUCAUACUGUCGGCUGAUUCCUGUACCAUUAAUUAACUAACAGUUUUUUUCCCCGGGAAAACACGCGCUGUAAAAAGAUUGCUUCAGUGGUUGUCCUUCAGCUGAUGCUUGGUUGGCAUGAUUUUUAUCCUUCUUCAAUACUAGUUUGCAAUCUAUUUAUAGAUUUAGUGGUUCAAGUUGAAAAGAACUUUGGUAUUGUGUGCAUAAUGUGAGAACAAGUGGAAUUGCUUUUGA